AUGGACACAAAUGCAUCUUCUCAAUGGCUGCUGCUGCAGUCGCUGGACUUGUCUUCUAAGCAGGUCUAUCCAUCAUUUGCGUUCGGCACGUUAACCUAUCUAAUCGUUGUCUUUUGCAACCUGCUGGUGUCGGUGACAAUCGCCACGAGCAAAAAGCUGCACAAGCCCAUGUUCAUCCUGCUCUUCAACCUGCCCCUCAGCGACCUGCUGGGAGCUACUGCUUUCUUCCCUCACUUCUUGUUCAGCAUCCUGUCGCACAACAGACUCAUCUCUCCCCACGCGUGCAUGGCUCAGGCCUUUAUCAUUCACGUCUACGGCACGGCCAACCUGUUGACCUUGACCGCCAUGGCGUACGACCGAUACAUCGCCGUGUGCUCUCCUCUGAGGUACCACGUCAUCAUGAGUCCCGAGAAGCUGAUAAAAAUCAUAUUUUCCAUAUGGUUCAUCGAUUUCUCCAUAAUGGGCGUCCUAUUCGCGUUGCUGGUGCGGCUCAGGUUUUGCAGGAGCAGGAUUGUGGAUUUGUACUGCAACAACCCGUCGCUGCUGAAGCUGACUUGCGAGGACAACACGGUCAACAACAUUUACGGCUUAGUGGGCAUCGUGUUCCUGCAAGGCGGCACUUUGUCAAUAGUGGUGUACACCUACGCACAAAUACUGCGGGUGUGCAUCAUGACUAACAACCUGGACACCCGCAGAAAAGCCAUCCAGACAUGCAGCACCCAUUUGACCGUCUUUGUCAUUCUGCAGAUCAACACGGUCUUCACGCUGCUGGCACACAGGAUUGAGGGUGUGCCGCCGUACCUGAGGAGGCUGCUCGGUUUGUCCAUUUUAGUCUUUCCGCCUUUUUUGGACCCCGUGAUUUAUGGGCUGAAGGUCACAGAGCUGAAGGAAAGCAUUGGCUUCAUUGUAAGGAAGACAUGCAGGCUAAGCAAACUGUGUCGGAAGUAA